AAACGACGCCUUAUCUGCAAAGCAUACAAAACGAACAGCUCCAGCGAGCUAUUACACAGACAAAGGAUCUACUAGUGACAGCCUAUUCCCGUCUGUAGUAUUUGUGAACCCUAUUUAUCUGCAACUAAUUACGGUUUUAAACCUCAAACUAGUAGGCUGUACUAGGCCUUUAGACGUCAAAUGAGCACACUCUCACCGAGCUUUUAGCCAAGACCAUAAAGCGUCCAAUCAGAGAGAACUACAGUUCCCAGCUGCCAUUCCUCUACCGCAAACAAAGAGCCGCAUACAUUCACAUACAACUCCAGGGCUUUUAUAAAAGAGAUACACAUCUCAAACAAAACAGCGCACUUUCAGCAAAAAGGAUGUUACCGACAAGUAUAACUGCAAAAAAAGAAAAAGCUAUCCGAGUCAUCGCGUGAUUUCACGCUUCCGGAAGUUGGAAUGGCAUGAGAAAGAGAGAGAGCUGUCCUAGGUGCUGACACGAAUUUGGGAAGAUGGAUGAACCCCAAGAGUCAUCGUCCUGUAUCACCAAUGCUCACAACUCCAGCAGAAGCCCCCCCAGUAGUACACCUGGCAGUACUCCACAAUGCAACGGUGUCCCAGAGUACCGGACCCUGCUGCAGGUGCCGGAGUCCCACGGACUCCAGCUGCUGGGCGUGCUUAGAUCAUUCAGGGAGCAAGGCUUGCUGUUUGACUUCACCAUUAAGGUCCAGGAUCACAGUUUUCCCUGCCAUCGCUGUGUCCUUGCAGCAUGCAGUGAUUUCUUCAGGGCCAUGUUUGAGGUGGAUAUGCGAGAGCGUGGUGAUGGUUCAGUGACUCUGGGUAACCAGAGUCCAGUGGCGGUGGGUUCUUUCCUGGACUUUGCCUAUUCUGGAGAGACACUCAUCACUGAUGGCAAUGUAGACAUGUUGUUUCAGCUUGCCUCUUUUCUGCAGGUGUCUGUCUUGUCCCAAGCGUGCAGCAACUUCCUGAUUGGAACCAUGGAUCUUUCUAAUUGUCUGUCCCUCCUCUCCCUUGCUGAGGCCUACGGAUCGGCCUCUCUCCUGCAAAGAGCCAACGAGUUUGUGGUUCAAAACUUCUCUGACCUUUCCAAAACCCAAGACUUUCUGGAUAUGCAGGUGAAUGUGUUGGAGUCAUGCCUAAGGUCAGAUGCUCUAAACGUGCCCAGUGAGGAGGCGGUGGUGAUGUCUCUUCUUAGAUGGACACGCCAUGAUCUUUCGGGAAGACAAAAACUGUUGCCAGGCUUGUUAUCGCUAACCAGACUCCACCAUCUACCUGCAACUGUAAUAAAGACUCUGCAUGACUCAGACUCUCUCCUCUGCAAUGGUGAGUCCUGCCUUGCCUUGCUCUCAGAGGCUCAGAGCAGGCAGGAUCAGUACAACGGCCUGCUCUCUGAUGCCAGGCCAGCCACCACACAAAGCUACAUCUACAUCCACAAGACGGAGGAGAAUGGAGAGAUCCGCCACACCUUCUGCUACUGUCUGGAAACAGACCGGUGGAAAGACCUGGGAACAGGGCAUGGAGAGGUGACAGCUACUAUGCCAAACCCACCGGGAUCGUACAUUACCAGCUUUGCUGAGAAGAUAUUUGUGACAGGUGGUUGCCGGGGGAACUGUUGCCGGGCAAUACGUCUCCACGUGGCCGAGCCGUUCCAUUACGCCACGGACGAGGUUUGGUGCUUCUGUCCUGUUACCCUAACCUGCACGCCUGCACCUGCCAUGCUGAAGCCCAGAACCACACACACAGCUGUAACAUGCCUGGACCGAGUGUAUGUCAUUGGAGGACGGACCACGGGAUCCAGAGGGGGAGCUCCCAGUCUGCUGGAGGUAGAGUAUUAUAACCCUCUGACCCAGACCUGGAGCUCUGUCAGCCCGCUGCCAACUGCCAUCUUCUACCCUGAGGCCAGUGUUUGUGGCAGUGUUAUCUAUACACUAGGGUCAGAGGUGGAGAUCACAGACUCCUUUAACCCCUCACUGGACUGCUUCUUCUGCUAUGAUGCCCAGCAGGACCAGUGGAGCCGCCUGGUGGCAGAGUUUGGCCAGUUCUUCCAUGCUACAUUGGUCAAGGCGGUGUCAGUUAACAAUACACUGCACCUCUGUGACCUGUCCACUUACAAGGUCUACAGUUUUUGUCCAGAGACCUGUGUGUGGAAGGGUGAAGGGUCAUUUGAGUGUGCUGGGUUCAAUGCCGGAGCAGUGGGUAUGAGAGACAGAAUCUACAUCCUGGGUGGAGACUAUUCACCGGACGAGAUCACUGAUGAAGUUCAGGUGUACCACAGUGGGAGGAGUCAAUGGGAGGAAGUGGCUCCCAUGCCCAGAGCACUCACUGAGUUCCACUGCCAGCUCAUCAGUUUCAACAGAUACAAAGAUCCGUGGGGUGACACAGCAUGAUACACAGCAGACACACGCUCAUCAACACAUACUACCAUGCAUGCCCUGUUUCUCCUCUCAUGAUAUAUAAUUCUACAUGUGAUCAAUACACAGAUCACCUGAUAAUCUUCAGUAACUGCUUGUUUGAUGAGACAUAUGUAACCAUAGAGAAAUACUCUGUUGCUUCAAAGAAUACAAUAACUUAACAAUAAGUAAAACAUGGGCUUCAUGGUGUAAGUCAUGAAUGCAUACAGUAUGUUUGUGUUUUAAAACAGAAAAAUAAUCCAACAAAUGAAAGACUGUUUAAUGUCAAGAAGUAAACAUAAACAUGUUUCAUUA